AUGUUCAUUAUCAACUGGUUCUGGGUAAGUGCGCUCGAAGGUUCAAAAGUCGAGCGCACCGGUCUGCUCGUUCGGCCUCGGUAUUGGUUCAUGUCAGAAUUACUGACCGGCCUGUUCUCGUACAUUUUGCUCGCCUACAGGACGUACUUGCCCAGCUAGGUCUGGCUCACAAGAAUGCCAAGAUCUUAUUUUUGGGUCUGGACAAUGCAGGAAAGACGACGCUGUUGCACAUGCUGAAAAAUGACCGUCUCGCCACGCUCCAACCUACUUUGCAUCCAAGUGCGUAUCUGCCCGUACAUCGAGGCCACUAGAUUUUCCUCACAAGCAAUUUCCUUCGCGUCUCGCAGCCUCCGAAGAGCUUGCCAUCGGAGCUGUCAAAUUCACCACCUACGAUCUGGGAGGUCACACUCAAGGUGAGCUGACUCGGAGCACUAGCACGUAGCGAGCAUCUGCUCACAUUCCUGGCACUCGCAGCGAGGCGUCUUUGGAGAGACUACUUUCCCGAAGUAGAUGGAAUCGUCUUUCUGGUCGACUCUCAGGAUCACGAGCGAUUUGGAGAGGCGCGCGCUGAGCUGGAUCAACUUUUGAGCAUCGAGGAGCUCAACAGGGUUCCUUUCCUCAUUUUCGGAAACAAGAUCGAUGCCGACGGCGCUGUUUCCGAGGAGGAGUUGAGAGCUGCUGUUGGUCUGUACCAAACGACUGGCAAGGUGAGUAUCAUGGAGUCUGUCACACUGCGUCAUGCUAGGAAGUGGGGUGCAGGUCAAAGCUCGAGUGCAAAGUGGUCUUCAAGUGGUGUAGCGCGCAUUCCGACAUGCCAAGCGCCAGGUUUCGUCUUAUUUUCCGAACUCGCUCGGGUUGACUGACAAGCGCUGACUCUGCCCGAUCUACCAUUCAACCUGUUGCGCAAAUCAGGGCAAGGUCCCUCUCAAGGGUGAGUCCGGUUCAGCUGCUUUCAUGCAUACAUACCUUGCUGACACCAAAUCGCUGCCUUGUCGCAGACAUUCGACCUAUUGAGAUGUUCAUGUGCUCAGUCGUCAUGCGCCAGGGCUACGGAGAGGGCUUCCGUUGGCUCUCGCAGUACAUCUAA